AAAUCGUAAACGAUGGGCACUGCUUUAUCUUUCUCGUUUCCGCUUCUUAUUGGAAACCCCAUUUCUCGUUCAACACCUCAACCACCUAUCGCCGUGGCGGCUUCUUCGCAGGCUGCUCCCGCCACUUCUUCAACAACCAAAUUGCUCACUUUUCUCGGCAAAGGUGGCUCUGGCAAAACCGCCGCCGCUAUCUUCGCCGCUCAGCAUUAUGCAAUGGCUGGAUUGAACACAUGUUUAGUGAUACAUGGCCAAGACACUACUGCUGACUUUCUCCUAAACCGUAAGAUUGGAACUUCCCAUGUCGAAUGUAGCAAGAACCUCUCAGCUGUUAGGUUGGAAACAACCAAAAUGCUUCUUGAACCUCUAAAACUUCUGAAGCAAGCAGAUGCCCAGCUUAAUAUGACACAAGGCACACUUGGAGGGAUUGUUGGAGAAGAGCUUGGCAUCCUGCCUGGGAUGGACUCAAUCUUUUUGGUACUUGCACUUGAGAGGCUUGUAGGAUUUUUGGGGACUGCAGCUUCAAAGAGCCAACAAGAUAAAUUUGACCUGAUAAUAUAUGAUGGUAUCAGCAGUGAGGAAACCCUGCGAAUCAUUGGUGGAAACAGUAAAGCAAGAUUGUACUUGAAAUAUCUCCGCAACUUGGCUGAGAAAACUGACCUUGGGAGAUUGGCUGCUCCUUCACUCCUGAGACUUGUGGAUGAGGCCAUGAGAAUAAGUAACAGCAGAUCUUAUUUCAAUGGGGGAAUGAGUUCAGAAAUAUGGGACUCUUUGGACCAAUUGCUGGAGAGAGGAUCUUCUGCCUUCAGCAACCCUCAGAGAUUUGGUUGCUUCCUUGCGAUGGAUCCAAACGAUCCAACCUCUGUGAAUUCUGCGUUACGAUAUUGGGGGUGUACAAUUCAGGCUGGUGCUCAGGUUUCUGGUGCUUUUGGGAUAACCUCUCGGCAACAAAAUCUAGAAUCAUUGGAAAGGGCAAAGAAAAAUUUCACACCCUUGCCUUCUGCAUUCAUUUCAAGUUUGUCAAUGAACAGCCCAAUAGAUUGGAGCAGAGUUCUACUGGACACUCUCAAUGAAGAUGCUAGGCAUCUUCUUACUUCGCUAUCAAGUCAAUGCAGUAAUGUGCCAUCAUCAGUUAAAUUUGAUAUAAAAAGAAAAUCGGUUACUCUCUUCAUGCCAGGCUUUGACAAAUCAGAGAUCAAGCUAUACCAAUAUCGGGGAGGAUCUGAGCUGUUGGUAGAAGCUGGAGACCAAAGACGUGUCAUUCCUUUGCCUCCAGAAAUUCAAGGAAAGGUUGGCGGAGCCAAAUUCGAGGACAGAAAUCUUGUUAUUACGUUGCUAUAACCUUGUUAUUCUUUUUCCUUUUCAUCUUUUAUGCCAGAGCCCUGAGCGAUGUACCAUGCCUGCUGAUGAUUAUUCAUGUUACAGCAUAGGCGAUUCCUUUUAGUCAUAAUUUUUGCAUGUCUUGCUUUCAUCAGUGAUUAAGCGAAGGAACAAGCAUAGUACAUUACUACUAGUUAAACUAUACCUCGUAUAUUUGGAGAAUCCCUGUUCUUGUUUUUGCUAGUGUAGGGAAUAUAUUUCACUUGUUCAUUAUCUCCUUUGAAGUUUACAUCGGUAUCAUAGGUCUCCAGUUGUCUGAUC